AUGCGGGAAAAGUUUUGGUUACCAGGUGGACGACAGUCAAUCAAAAAAGUCAUCGCAUCGUGCCGCAUUUGUUGGAGGCUUAGGGGAAAGGCUGCAUCCCAACCUUUUGCCCCUUUACCAAGAGAUCGAAUCCAAGCAUCAAGACCUUUUGAAACUGUUGGUGUGGACUUCGCCGGGCCUCUUUACACACAAUCCGAUGACACGCAAAGCAAGGUUUAUAUUAUGAUAUUUACGUGUGCAGUUGUCCGCGCAGUACAUUUGGAGCUGGUCCUAAACUUGACAACGGAAUGUUGUCUCCUAGCAAUGCGGCGGUUUAUAUCAAGAAGGGGCCCUCCAAAAACGAUCUACUCAGAUAAUGCGAAAACAUUCAAGAAAGCGGCAACGGACAUAAAGUUAUUGGCAGAAGUUUUCAACAGCGAGAUCUUCCAUGGAUUUCUUAGUAAUCGUGGAGUUAACUGGAAAUUCAGCGUGGAAAGAGCACCUUGGUGGGGUGGCUUCUGGGAGAGGUUGGUCAAAAGUGUGAAAGAUAUCCUCAAAGUCACAAUUUGGAAGGCCAAAAUUACUAACGAAGAGCUUUACACUCUUUUAACUGAAGCUGAGCGAAUCAUUAAUUCGAGACCCCUAACCUACAUCAGCGAUGACCCAAUUGACUUGGCACCUUUGACACCCGAAAGUUUUCUUAUCACUUGCUCCGAAGUAAUUGAUAAUGAGAGCACUGGCCAAGCGAUUGCUUCUGACCUUCGAAGUAAAUGGAAAUCACGAUUGCAGUACACAUCUUUUUUAUGGAAGAGAUGGAAAGCAGAGUAUUUGAAGCUUUUGCGUUCUGCACAUCACUCAACACAAACUUUUUCUAAAGAAAUCCAGCUUGGUGACGUUGUGCUGGUAUAUGAUGCUAGUACUCCCCGUAUUCACUGGAAACUGGCAAUAGUCGAGACAUGUUACCCCGGAAGAGACAAUAAAAUCCGAGCAUGUGAAGUGCGUUUUGCUGACGGCAGGAGAUUUAGACGUGCAGUUCAACUUUUAUAUCCACUGGAGAUCCGCCAGCUGGCCCGCUCGGAGGAUGUUGAAAAUUAA